GCAGGCAGGCAGGCAGGCGAGGGGAGGCGGCGGCUUCUGGCUCAGCCUCUCGCUGUCCCCGCCCGCUCCACAGCAGCAGCUCCUCUCCAGCCAGCCCGGGUGAGCGGCGGCGGCGGCGGCAGCGCAGGCAGCUCGGGCUAGUGCGCGGCGAGUGGGGUGGCCUCCGCAGUGCUCCCGCUCCGUUCCGCCCCGGCAUGCGCGUCACCAUCCUUGGAGGAGCUUCCAUCCGGACAAGACCCACCGAAGAGCCCCUCUGUGCCCCCCAAGCAACAGCGAAGAAGUGCCUCUUUCUUCUUGCCAGGAUGAAGGGGCGUCUUGCCAGCCGGAGGAUGGCCCGGAGCUGCUCCCACUGAAGUAUCCAGUGGCUGCUUCCUCCAUCUGCCUGCAAAUUUAUCCAUGGAGUGUCAGAGCCGAGGCCCUUGAUUGUGCUGGGUUGGGCACAGCCCCCGCCCCUCUGCUCCUUCUGCUCACCAUGGGGCGGAGGCACCUGCUGUUGCUGCUGCCCCUUAUCCUGUUUGCCCUGGCACUGCUGCUGACCACGCAUGCGGCUGGGCCCCCACGGACACCCAAGGGCAACCGGACACAGGGGGCAACAGCUACUCGGCGGUCCUCCAAGGUGGUCAAGGAGCAACUGAACCAGACACUGGCCAGUUCGUCCCCUGCUGCCUUGCCAGCUGGUGGUGGGGGCAGCCGUGCACGCAGUGGAGGUGGCAGUGCAGGCAGCUCGAGCCCAGCAUAUGAUACAUGCAUGGGCUAUUAUGAUGUCAGUGGAACGUGGGACAAGGAGUUUGAGUGUAACAACAGCCAGAAGGAUUUCCGCUACUGUUGUGGCACCUGCAAUUACCGCUUUUGCUGCAACAAGCGUUCUGAGAAGCUCAAUCAGUACAUGUGCCGUAAUAAUGGCCGUGGACCCACUACAGAUUCAAUGACUACUGCCACUAGCAAUGGUGGAACUGGAGAGAUAUCCAAUGUCUAUGACCCGAAUGAGGACACCACUAAUGCCACUGUCUACAUUUCAUGUGGAGCCAUUGCCUUUGUUGUCAUUGCAGGCAUAUUUGCCAAGGUGGCCUAUGACAAGGCACGACAGCCACCGCAGGAGAUGAACAUCCACAGGGCUCUGGCCGAUAUCCUCCGGCAGCAGGGACCAAUCCCCAUAGCACACUGUGAAAGAGAGACUAUCUCGGCUAUAGAUACCUCCCCAAAAGACAACACACCAAUCCGAACAUCCUCCAAAAACCACUAUACACCGGUGCGCACCUCCAAGAGCAACCCAGGUCACUAUGGAAAGGAUUUUUAUCGAAGUGGAGGUCCAGAUUUCCAUAAUUUCAUCUCCUCCGGGUUUGUCACAUUAGGAAGAGGACACAGUAAGGAUGACCAAGAGCCAAAUUAUAAUCACCUGAUAUUAAGCAAUGCAAACCAGACACCUUCUAAUGAAAAGCCACGGAUGAACAGUAUUCUUACUUCUGCAACUGAGCCCUACGACCUCUCCUUCUCCAGGUCCUUCCAGAACCUCUCUCAUCUCCCACCAUCCUAUGAGUCUGCGAUCAAGACUAACCCAAGUAAAUAUUCUUCCCUGAAGAGAUUGACUGACAAGGAUGCUGAAGAAUACUACUCAAGAAAGAGGCACCUUCCUGACUUAGCGGCAAGAGGGACUCUCCCUCUCAAUGUCAUCCAGCUAUCCCAGAAACAGACCAACCAAAGGGAGCGGCCACGCCGUGUGAUGCGGGCCAUGUCCCAGGACCGAGUGUUGUCCCCAGAAAGGGUUAUGCCGGAAGAAUUCAGCAUGUCUUAUGAGCGGAUCCUCUCUGAUGAACAGUUGCUGUCCACUGAACGCCUGCACUCCCAAGACCCUCUGUUGUCUCCAGAGCACUCAGGUUUUGGAGAGCAGUCUAUGUCACGGGCUUUGUCUCACUCAGAUGUCUUUGUUUCUACACCUGUCUUGGAUCGUUACCGGAUGACUAAGAUGCACUCCCAUCCUAGUGCCUCAAAUAACUUGUACAACACCUUGAGUAUGAACCAAACAUCUGCCAAGCGCCAGGCAUUCGCCUCCCGGCGGCACAACACAGUGGAGCAGCUACACUAUAUCCCAGGACACCAUCAUUACCGCACAGGUAGCAAGACAGAGGUGACUGUUUGAUCAGAUACUGUGCAUUGUAGAUAAUCUAUUUGGACUGGGGUGGCAUCAGUGCCCUACACUGCAGUGGCCUUAUGGCCAAGAUAACCUCUAAUCCCAUGUCUGAAAAGACAGACUCUUCCAACAGUCCUGUCUGUGUUGUUUUGAAAACUCAUCUACAUGUUACUGACAUGAAGGGGGGGAAAACCUGAACAGGGAGAGAUACAGGUAAGAGUUCCUGACAUGCUCAGUUUCUGUCAAGGAAAGGCAUGCCAUAUGAUGGCUCCUUUCAAGGGCUUGCCUGCACCUUCUCUCUUGAUUUGAACAAAUCUUUCACUGAAAACAGAGAAAAGUCACUUAUACAAUUGAUGUAAGGCAAAUUUUGCAAUCUCCAGAGCUAGCACAGUGGGACCCUGUUGUGACCCCUGUGCUUCCCAGGUGUUGAAUUUUACAGGAAACUCCCUGACUGAUGACAAUCCUACCUGCAGUCCUUCCCAUAAACUAGAAGGUGGUAACCCAUUUUCAUGGAUCCCUUUGUUCUUCCUGGCUCCUGGGAGAAAUUCCAGUGGCCAAUAGUAUCACUGCUUAGUAGCAAUGGUUGUUCUGGAUGGGAAGCCACAUUAUUUUACAUGAUUCUGUAAAGUAGAACUACUCCAGUGCCUAUAAAUUGCCAGCCCUCUGGAUGAACAAAGGAGUGAGAUAGAUUUGUUUAUAAGCACAAUUCUGCCAAUCAGUGUUUGCCAGCCCCAUCCCUUCUUCCAACUGUCCUCAUCUGUUAAUCCCUGAAAUGUAAAAUAAAACGUGGAAUGAGACUGAGAAUGAAACUACUUCUCAGUAGCAAGAAGCACCCCAAAGUCACCUGUUUUCACACCACUUAAUAGCAUUCCAUUUUUAUCUUCAGGAUGUUGUUCUCCAUGAGAAAGAUACAGUAAAAGUGUGAGAGAAACAAUGCAGCUAUAUACCGAUGAUCAGUUUGUGGAAGGUUGGCCACAGUUCAUUCUGUGCUUGAUUCGUUGCCAGCUUGCACCUUUCAGUAUCCAUGGGAAGUUCUGCAAAGGACUGGCUACUUGACAGGAUUUUCUUAGAAAGAUUUAUCUUCUUAUAGAGUUCUCCUUUCAUCGAAUGGCUGUAUAACAUUUUUGGAAUGCUAGACUUGCUACAUUCGAAUCCCAUCCAAAAGAUGCUUGUGCAUCUCAUAUACCAAUUGGGUACAUUGUACAGCCACUGUGAAGUGGCGGUUAGACACUGAGUGUCUGUAAAGUAUUUCAAACAAAUACUCACAGGUCCAACAUUUGUUGGAUUUUGUACAGUUGGAAACAGAUUUUAAUUUCAAUUAAUAUAUACUCUGAAAUGCCCCAUCUUCCCACUUGGAAGAUCUCCAAUCCAGUAAUUAAACAUUGGGGCUAAGCAUAAAUCACUGAAAUACUGAUUAAUACCAUUAUGCAUUUACAAAUCCAGAAUACGGUAGUCCGCACAACAGUGCCUGGAACUCUCUCAUCUAAUAGUACCCCAUACAUUUUUACAGGUUAAACAUGGACACGAAUCAUCCUUCCUGGUUUUCCUGGCCUUCCCACAAUACUUUUUGAAAUUCUAUCCCAGGUUCUUAAAUUGGGCCAUCUGGCCCUCCUGCAUGCUCUGGCGCUGCCAAGAGACCUUUGUGCCAAAAGGCCCAUCUACCUCCCCACUGAGGUGUGGCCAGAAGCAGGCAAGGCCAAAAGUAGGCUGCUCAGUUGGAGCUACUGCUUUCUCUGUGCCAUGUCUUCUGUAAAAAAAAAAAAAUGCCAGCAAACCCAUCGCUAACCCUUGCAGAAAGGGGCAAGAGCUGCAUUCUCAUCAUCAGAUUCUCCUCAGACAGCUUUGCUCAUUGGACUCUGCAUAAUCCAGAGAAGUACACAUGUGAAGAUGAUAUCCUGUUACUUUGCAACAACAGGACUUUGAUUCCAGCACCUGCAAAAAGCAACCACCAGGCUGCUUUUACUGGCAUUUUGUGUUUGUAGAUCAUGAACUGGAGCCAUUGGAAACACUGCUUUGCUUAACAGAAACUGGGCAAGAAGGAACAGAAGACAAUGGCCAUUUAUAGCUGCUGCUCAUGUCCUGCAUUCAAAUCACAGACAUGAGUUCAGAGACAGUUAUUGCUGACUGUAAUGCACACGAGUCAGGUCAAGGGCAAGAGAGAAGCAACCUCCUCUGAACUUGUAUAAUUCUGUAACUUGUAUAAUUUUCUAUCUUCAGCCUAGCUUUCUCAAAACACCUCCGAUUGUGAGCAAUACGGAUAAUUAGUUUUUGAGAGUCAGGAGAGGUAAUACCAGGGCUCCUGCCCAGAAGUAUAAGAAUCUUUCACUGUCUUGAACAUGGGAUCUCAAGGAUAAAAUGUGUGUUGCUUUUAUUUUCCAGUGUGCAAGAGUUAGUGUUGGUUGCAUCAAUGACAAAUAUGAGGAAAUGUGCAAACCCUUGACUCACUGGAGCAAGAAGAUAUUACUUGGGUGAGAGAAAAUUGGUUCUGGAACCACAAGGGCCACAUGCAGUGAUAUGAAUGGGCCUGCCUGAGUCCCACUGCCUGAGUUUCCCCUGCCUGAGUCCCACUGUCUGAGCUCUAUUCUAGUGGGAAAUGCAGAUUCCCUUCUGUCCAAUUCUGUGUAGAUAAUUCUCCUGUUCUGCUGCACUUAAAAAAAAAUCUGUAAAGUAGCAUUGGUCUCCCUGCUCUUGCCUAUUGGGUCUUCUUUAAAAAUCGCCAGAGUGGUUGGCAAAAAUUAUGUAGCCAAACAAAAGCUGUAACGUGAUGCCUCCUCUCUGGUCCCUAACUCUGCAAAAGUGUUUUCAAGAGGCAACCAUGCUGCCUCUUUAACUUGCAAAGUAGGCUUUGAUCUCUUGACAGCUGAAGUGCUUUACAGGAAUCACCAGCACAUCCUUCUGCGCAAAACCUCUGAGCCACAAUGGUAUCCCAAGUGAGAUCCCUGAUAUCUGUGUUACUUAAUAAUGCUUCAAACACUGUGGGUUGAUGGGUUCAUAUGACAGAUACAGGGCAGCUAGAUGAUGCGACCAGUUCGAUUUAGUCUGUCUUAUUAGCAAUGGCUUGUAUUUAAAGCCAUGCUGUGGUAUCUUAAAUUGAGUGCCUCAGAUGAAAUGCUUGCCUCUAAUCUACUUUCAUCAGGAGCCAGAGCAUCCUGAUAUCUGGCCUGUCAGCCCAAUUAAAGCAACCACUGUUGCCAUGUUACUUUCAAGAGGUGAACAAGUGCACUAACAUUGUGAGCACCAUAGGCAAAAGUGGCCUUCAAGUGCUGGUAACACUGAAUCUUUUGUAUCUUGUCUCAAUGAAACUGCAGUGCUGUAUACUUAGAUUAAAUAUUGCAUUUCACCCAGCCAUAAAAGCAAAAGUAAGACCUUGCCAUUCUAGAUGUUUUGUUCCAUCCUCAGUUGCUGAAAUUUGAAAACAUAGUUCCAUAUUAAGCCUACAAAGAACACAUUUGUAGACACAAGUUCAGAGGCUACCAGGCAAAGAGGACAGCAUUUAUUUUUAAGCUGGGGUGUUUUACAUUAUGCAAGAUGGGAAGAAGUUGAGUAGCCAGCAGGGCAACUGGGAUCUUUGAGGGAAAUAUUCCUGGAAGGCAACAUUCUGGCUAUUCUUUUUCCUCCUAUAACCUAGCUCCACACCCAUGACCUGAAGAUCUUCGGUCUUCCUUGUAUUCUUCUACCUACCGCAGAUCAAUAUCCUUAGAAGGAGAGGAGAAAAUGUCCAUUCACUAGCCAGAACACAGAAUUCCUUCAUGGUUUUCCAGAAAAAUACUCAGCUAGAGGGUAGCUCCAACUAACUAAACAUGCUGUGUGUGGUUUAGAGGUGGGUGGAUGGAAGCAGGAAACAUGAGCUGUGAUCCUACAAUCUACAUACAUAGAUGCAGGCAGAACCAGCAUGCCAAGGUUUGUUGUUUCUGCUGCUAUUUAAAUCUCUGCUGUAACCAGUUGCUGUCCAAGGGUGGACCCAUUUUGUGCAAAACCCUGUACCAAUAAUACACACCACUGCAUUGCUGGGGUAAUAAAUUGGCCAUAGCCAUUUUAUUGAGCAGAAGCGUGAGGCUAAGCAUGGGUCUGGAUCUGGUCAUACGGGUAACGUGCUGAAGCUCCUGCAGGGCGGGUGUCCCAUCCCGAGCUUCUUUCUACUACGGGGCUCUGCCGGGCAGACGCUCCUGGCAAGAGGUGUUCCCCCUUGGCCCUGUUUGGCAGGGGCUGUCACCUCUUGCCGCUGUUGCCGUUCCC